AUGUCUGAUUACAUGUUUGAUGGUGAUGCGCACAAUGCGCACUCUUUAGAUUAUAAUGAAUUACCUAGAGACUUAUGGAGUUUAAGGACUAAUGAAGAAUAUAUUGGAGUAAUGGCAACUUGGGCUGAUUCAACCUUUGUAUUAAAGGAGGUUUUAUUAACAAUUCAACUACUUCCUUCAUCACACAUUGCUGAAAAUAUUAAAAAUUCGCUUAAUCAAAUUAUUACCGAAUAG